UCAUGACAAUAGCAUAUUGUACAAAUGAUGCUAUCAAAAAAAAUGUCGAUAAUAUUAGAUAAGCCAUAAAUGCUGGGCCUAAUAAGCAUAAAGCCUAUGAUAAAUUAGCAUAUAUUGUUGAUACAUUUGGUCCUAGAAUGUGGGCAUCACCAAGAAUGGCAUUAGCUGUUGAUUAUCUUUAUAAUUAAAUACAAAAUUGGGAAGCAACUAAAAAUGGUUUGGUGGAAGUUAGAUUAGAAAAAUUAGAUGAAAUAUCAACUUGGGUAAGAGGGAGUGAGUAAUUGAUUUUAAAGAGUCCAAGAAAAAGACCUUAAAAAUUAGGAAUGAUUGGACUUGGUUUAAUUGUUCCAGGUAACAUAAAAGAUGGAGAGGUUGUAGUGGUUAGAAACUGGAGUGAAUUGGAUGAGAAGGGUAAAGCUAAUAAAAUUAAAGGUAAAUUCAAUAUACAAUACUUAGGAAAAAUUGUAUGCUAUAAUGUUCCAUGGACAACUUAUGAUGACUUGAAGUUUUAUAGAUAACAAGGACCUGAUAGAGCAUCUGCUUAUGGAGCUAUUGCUGUAUUAUUAAGAAGUGUUGCUUCAUUUUCAAUCUAUAGUCCACAUACAGGAAAUGUGAGAUACUCUGGUAAUUUUACAAAGAUUCCUGCUGCUGCUAUUACAGUAGAAGAUGCUGAGAUGCUUCAAAGAAUGUAAGAUAGAGGACAGAAAAUAACAGUAGAUUUAGAAUUAAAUAAUGAAAUGAAGGCUUCUGAAAGUCAUAACAUCAUCGCUGAGAUCAAAGGUUAAUAACAUCCAGAAUAAAUUAUAUUGAUGGGGGGUCAUUUUGAUUCUUGGGACACAGGAAGUUAAACUGGGGCUAUGGAUGAUGGUGCAGGAACCCUUGUUACUUUAGAAGCCCUUAAGGUAGUUGCUGAUCUUGGAAUCAGACCUCUUAGAACUUUGAGAUGGAUUGCUUGGAGUGGUGAAGAAAUGGGACUUCCAAAUAAUGGAGCACAACAUUAUGUUAAAAAACAUGGUGAUGAAGAUCAUGUAGUUGCUCUUGAGAAUGAUGUUGGUUAAUUGACAGCUAUAGGAUUCGGUUUUUCAGGAAAACUAUAAACUAGUAGAAUGGUUAGAUAAUUGAUUAUGAACUAUAUUCCUGAUUUAUCAGUUGUCAAUGAAAAUGAUGGGUAAAUAAUUGUAGUUAUCUUUAGUUCUGGAGUUGAUACUAAACCUUUAGGUGAUAAAGGUGUUCCAUUGAUGAGAAAUAUCUAUAAAGAUCCUAAUGAUGAUUAUUACUUCAAAUAUCAUCACUCUGCUGGUGAUACCAUGAAUAUAUUAAAUCCUGAUGAAAUGGAUUCCAAUGUCUUUGCUAUUAGUUCCAUGAUGUACAUUAUUGCUGAUAAUCCUGAGAGAUUACCUAAAUGAU